AUGUCGGACACUCAAGUCACGCUCUAUACAUACUUUCGUUCCUCCUGCUCCGCCCGUCUACGCAUUGCCCUGUAUCUGAAGGAGAUCCCCUUCAAGCCUAUAUUCGUCAAUCUUCUCCGCGACGAGCAAUCAACCCCUUCUCAUCGCUCUAUCAACCCGUCCGGCACUGUUCCAGCCCUCGUUGUCCAACGCCCAGGCCCUGAGCAGCACCCAGUCAUACUCACCCAAUCCCUCGCAGCGCUUGAAUACCUGGAUGAGACAUUCCCCGAUCAAGGACCCAAGCUCCUCCCGUCGGAUCCAGAAACCCGUGCUCUCGUCCGGACUCUGGCUCAAAUCAUCGGUUGUGAUGUCCAACCCGUCACGAACCUUCGAAUCCUCAAGCGCGUAGCUCCUUUUGGUGCAGACCGAACUGUCUGGUCCAAGGACCUGAUUGAAGAUGGAUUCCGUGCGUACGAAGCGCUCGUGUCCAGCUCGGCGGGGAAGUUUAGCGUGGGAGACCAGAUCACCAUGGCGGAUCUUUGUCUGAUUCCCGCUGUCUGGGGUGCGGAGAGAGUGGGUAUGGAUAUGAGUACUUUCCCCGUGAUUCAAAAGAUUGCAAAGAAUCUGGAGAUGGAGGAAGCUGUGCAGAAAGGGCAUUGGCAGACACAGCCGGAUACGCCUGAAGAUCUGCGGGCCAAGUAG